UUGCAUGCACGGGAGCCCGACAGUGCUCCCUCUAGCGGCGAGAGGCGGAGAAGCAGCCUCUGGGUGGCGCGAGCCACGGGGCGGGGCCUAGAAGAGUCGGGCCGGGCGGAGAAGGGCUCCUCCGAGUCCUGCUGCUGCUGCCGCCUCACUUGUUGCACGACGGGCCGGUCGGUGCGACUCGCUGGAUGAGCAGAGCAGCCGCAGGAUGCUCCGCUGCGCUCUCCCGGCGAAGGCAUCAUGGAGGCUGGCGCAGACGCCUCCAGGCACUGGAGCAGCAAUAUGAUCGUAUUUUCAAGGUCACCAUACAAUGGAUGGAAGAACAGACUCUUUAGUGAUGACUGUGCAUCUGCUUGCCAGAUCGGGGCAUGCAUUACUCUUGCAGCAAACCAUUGAUAGGCUUCAGGAAUGGAUAUGCCUAGAUGUGUGUCUCUUCCUUGUCUCAGAGCGUGCAUCUCCAGUGAAGUAUUAUGAGACAUAUCGAAAAAAGGGCUCCAGGUUCCCUGGAACGUCUGUCCUGCUUUUCUUGCACGAGGACUUUGGGGAAGACCGUAUCUUCCAAAUCCAUGACUUUUUCCAGCGCCCACCCUGGCAGCAUGUCCAAAUGGAGAGCACCAGUGGGAAGCCAGCUCCCAAUGCUCUUGUUAAUCAGGACUUCUAUGGACUGGAUGAGCAUAUGCCUGUGUGGGGAGUGAGACAAGUUCAUUACGGCACUGAAAUCCUGCGCAUCACUGUCUACUGUAGCUUUGAUAACUAUGACGAUGCGGUGAGGCUCUAUGAGAUGAUCUUGCAGAAGGAAGCAACCGUGCAGAAAAACAGCUUCUGUGCCUUCGUACUGUACACGACAAAAAGCAUUGCGGUUCAGCUCUGCCUGAAGCAGCUGCCUCUGGGAAUGUCUGUGGACUCGAAGGAAUCUUCGGUGUUGCAGUUCAAGGUGCAUGAAAUCGGCCAGCUGGUUCCGCUUCUGCCUAAUCCCUGCGUCCCUAUAAGCAGCACUAGGUGGCAAACCGAAGACUAUGAAGGAAACAGGAUCCUGCUGCAGGUUCAAGGCAGCUCUAAGCACAACAUUAACCAGGAUUCAUUCUCCAGUUGGCACAACCAUGCAAAGGAGGAAGGGGUCCCCCGCUAUUCCACGCCAUCUCCUCUGGCUACCAGAAAAAUUGCAGCCCAGCCGAAAAGCCGGACACUUAGAGCUAUGAAGAAUAAAAACAAAUUUGCACAGUGUGGGGCAAAUGGUCCAGAAAAUACCUGCAGUCCCUCGCAAAGCCACUUUUGUUCUUCCUCAUAUAGUCGAACGGGCUCUUCUCUACAGGAUCUAGGCCCUUCCUACCUGAAUUUGGGCACCAAACUGAGGCAUUCCAGCCAUGAACUCUGGCUUUUCAAGGGGCAGGAAGAGGAGGAGACUAAUGUUGAUACAGGCUGCAGAGUGGUCCCUUUUGACUCUCCACUGGACCGAUUUUCAAGGGACUUGCAGAAUGGCCUCCCUCCGUCCCAGGCAUCCUGCUCUUCGUCCACAAGAGCUGGCUCCAGAGUCACCUUGUACUCUGAGGACAGAAGCCGGCUGUCAUUCAAUAUUGCCAAAGUAAAUAAAGAAUCAGAGCAGAGACAGUUGGAUUCUCUCCUAGGAGUAUCGAAAGCAAGCCAUGGGAAAGAUGAGGAAGAGGAAUUUUUUAUAUGACUUUAAAAGUUGACUUCUCAGUGCCUUAUUUCUGGAAUAACAGAGAGAACAAUCUGUAUGCUGCACAAGGACGCUGUCCUUGUGCAGAUACCCCAGCUGCCUAUACUACCUUUUUAUAGUAGCGUGAAAAGAAAGCGUAACAAUAGUUUGCAAGAGAACAAAACUUUAAUGGACAAUUGAUUAAUGCUAAACGGACUAAGUGUUUCUUUGAGUGUGUGUUUUUAAGGAGGGUUGUGAGAUAAACUUCAUGUGCCAGAGGGUUAUUGUGCAAUAGGUUGAAAGAAGCCAUUCAUUUAAUGCCCACCAAGCUUCCUAAAUUCCAUUAGAAACCUGGGAGGCAGAAACCUACUUCACUAGUUUUAGCAUCUGUGUGGUGUAAUAAUUCUGUAUUCUAGAAUAGAGAAGGGCUGUGUGCUUUGUUGUGCAAGAGAACUAUGACCAGAGCUCUGCAUUUGUGCAACAGCAACUUUGAGACUAUUGGAAAACACGUCAAGAUUGUCCAAAAUAAGGCUCAACUUCACACAGUACCCCAGUGCCUUGGGAUUGUGGGCUUGGUGUGCCCUGGAAGGAUUUUACAUCCAAGGCUCACAUGCAAAGAGGAAAGCACUGCUUGCUCCCAAAGCGCUGAGGCAUUGUGUGAAGUCAAGGUUUAAUCUUGGGUCCCUGUGACAUCCGAACCGGCCAUGGCUGUAUUGCAGUGACUUGUAACUAGUGACUAGUGCCUGCGUUAAGCGACCACCACAGUUUGUCGAGGUGGUAGCUGGCUGCUUGCUAACAAAGUUCUUGAUGUUGGGUAAGAUGAGAAAUGGCUAGAUCCCUCAUGUCCCACCAAAUGAACUGGGUGUAUUGCCUUUUUAAAGUAAUGGGUAAGAACAUACAGGAUUGCUGGACAACUUGGACUAAGGCUGAAGACAUCUGGGAGUAAGCCCCAUUAAAAAUGGUAGGACUUGUUUCUGAGUAAAUGUGCAUAGGACCGCCCCUCGUUGUGUAGUCUCCCUGUUGAAAUGGAGAUGUGUGAGGCUUCUUCUCAGGAGCUGCUCUUGUCUUCAUUCUGUCAGAAGUGUAUGCAACAGCACAGGACUGCACACCUUUGUCCCUCCUACAGAUGCUAGGCUAAAACUCCCAUCAUGCCUUACUUUUGGCCACUGGCUGGGGAUGAUGGGAGCUGUAGUCCAAACCCUGCUAGAGGGCCAAAUUGUGCAGCCCUGCACGAGCAUUUUAGAGCUGAUUCUUGCUUUGCUUGGGGCCUAGACACAGCAUAGACCAGGGACAAGCAACCUUGGUUCGCCAGCUCUUGUUGAACUACAACUCCCAUCAUCCCUAGCCACCAUUUAUUCAACUGCAACUGGAGAGCCAAGGUUGCCUGUCCCUGGAAUACACAGUGUUGUUGUCCACUAGUUUGCUGCCAUUGUACAGAUCUCCUCCUCCCAUCUUUACACCAUCUGUGUGAGCUGCUGCUGUAUAUCUUCUGGAGUGAACAUCCUCUGACCUUUUCUCACCAUAUGCAGUGCACGCUAGAAGCACCAUACUGCAUAAUAUUCAAAGCAAGCUGGGUCUACAUUUGGCUGAGCCAUAAGGCUAUUUCUGUCUAUUCAGGCUUAGCUGACAAUACCCAAUAGCUAGUCCUGGAGCCCAGAGAAAUGUACACCAGGGCUCUGGAAAGUGAUACACCCCUAUCACUUUCCCAGCACAUAUGCUGGAGGUGAUGGAAUAGAUAUGCCCUUGCACAGUUGAGCUAGAAUCAUGCAUAACAACAUGUGCAGGUGUAAGAACAUAAAAUAAAUGGUUACAUGUA